UCUUUCGGCUGUCCUAAUUUGGGCACAACAUUUUGUUCAUCCCAUCUUUCUUUAAUUUGCCCCCACCCACAAAAUUCCCUUUACAAAGCUCGUACCAUCUGUCUCGAUUUCUAAUCUUACACCCGAUUUUUUGUACCUGCUUGUUCUAAAACUAUCUACCCGGAUUUUCCCUUAUUCUUGAUUACUUUCCUUGGGAUGGCGUGCUGUGGAAGCAGCGAGACUGCAAGAGAUCAGACCUUUGGUAUCAGAACAUGGAGACCACUUAUCUACCGAAGGUGUACUGAUUUACCAUGGUUAAUAUUGUGGUUCCUUUUCUGGACAGGAAUGAUGUUUAUAGCAGGUUAUUCUAUAACAGCUGGUUCAGCAGAACGUUUGAUAUUUGGACAUGACAGCUUUGGUAAUGUUUGUGGUCGUAAAAACUUGCCUAUUAAGGGGGCUGCACUGUCAGGAAAAGACAUGACACAUCAUAUUCACAUUUUUCUGCUAAAUUCCUGCAAUCUGAAAAUUAAAAACCUGCGAAUAAAUUCUGUUGCUCUGUGCGUCUCAAGCUGUCCCCAGAAACAGCUUAACACUGCCAAGGAUUUACAGACUUUUGCCGAAAGAAAUGGUUCCUACCUUUGUGUCUACAGUUUAAACAGUUCAGAGUAUACUGAUAAUUCCAAGUCAGCUAACCUCUGUCCUCCUUUGCCUGUGUCUUCAAGCAAAUCAUCGCCUUUCUUUCAUCACUGUGUUCCACAAAACCCAGAGUGCUACAGACAGUUUGUACCAGUUCUAGUUGGUACACUCAAUGAAGUUGAUUUUUUUCAUCGGAUGAUAGCAGGGAUCAUGGCAAGCAAGGAGAGUAUAACAGGACUUAGUCUUCUUGCAGCAGUUUUUUCAGUUAUCAUGGUGCUCAUGUUUCGAUUCAUCACGUCCUUGGUGAUGCACAUUUUCAUUACAUUGUUGGCUUUUGGGCUAGUGUUUGUUUCAAGUAUUUUGUGGUGGCUUUAUUUCGAUCAUGUCACCAGUCCUAUUUUUGAACUGGAAACAGAAAAAGAAAACAGCAAGUACUUACUGGGCUUUGCAUGCUCCUCUUCAGUUAUAUCUGUGGUCAUCUUCUUAUUAAUAUUUACAAUGUGGAAAACACUUGGCCUUGUAAUAGAGAUGUUCCAGCUCGCAAAUAAAAUAAUCCAUUCAGUACCAUUACUGUUCGUUCAAUCCAUGUGGACCUUUGUCAUCCUUAUGUUUUUCUGGGUCUACUGGAUUACUGUGUUGUUAAGCCUGGGUACAGCAGGUGCUGCAUUUUCUACACCUGAGGGAUUUGUAAAUUACAAAGCUUUUUCUUCUAUACGUUAUAUGUGGUGGUACCAUGUAUUAGGUCUGCUUUGGACUAGUGAAUUCAUCUUGGCAUGUCACCAGAUGACCAUUGCUGGAGCAGUAGUUCGUGUUUAUUUCAACAGAGACAAAAACAACCCUCCAAGCCACCCUGUCCUUUCUUCAAUAAUGAACGUAUUCGGCUACCAUUUGGGCACAGUUGUCAAGGGCUCUUUAAUUGUUAUGUUGGUACGAGUUCCACGGAUUGUCCUGAUUUACAUUCACAGAGCUUUGAAAGGAAAGGAGAAUUCCUGUGCCAGAUGCAUGGCCAAAUGCUGCUUUUGCUGUUUGUGGUGUUUGGAAAAGUUCCUGAGGCACCAGAAUCAGAAUGCAUAUACUGCAACUUCUAUAAAUGGAACAAAUUUCUGCACUUCUACCACUGAGGCAUUUGCAGUAAUCAUGAAACAUUCCUUAAGUUUGGCAGAUGUAAACUCAUCUGGGGAUUUUUCACUUUUUCUUGGGAAGGUCUUUGUGGUGUGUUUCACUUUUUUCAGUGGCCUAAUGGUAUUCAGCUACCAGCAAGUUCUACAGGUUUGGGUGAUCCCACUGCUUCUUAUUUCCUUUUUGUCUUAUUCAGUGGCACACUGCUUCCUUUCAGUGUUUGAAAGGGUAGUUGAUGUGCUGUUCCUGUGCUAUGCAAUAGAUCUGGAAACCAAUGAUGGAUCAACAGAUAAACCCUACUUCAUGAAUAAAGAGCUGAUGGAAUUUAUGAAUAGAAGCAAACAAGAAAUUCUAACAAUGGAUACAAGCCAGUCAAAAAGUCAUGAAGGCUCUACAGAGUUGCAGCCAAUGGCCUGAGAAAAACAGACUGCAGUUGUUGUUGGUCUUUGUUGUAUAUAAUUAAAUACAAUGACAGCUUUCAAUGUUCAUCAGCAGCGAAAACAAAAACACAUUGGAUAUUUGAGACCUCACACAUAAUGUUGACAACCCUUACAGUAUGUGUCCUUGUCAUUCUUGUAUUCAGCCAGGUGAUAGUUUUAAGAAAUCAGGUUUUUUUUAUCUUAAAUAAAAAUUGUCUGACCUAGA